CAGGAAGUAGUACAGCAACGUGACUUUACAUUGCUCCCUGUUGCUGCUAGCCUGUCCGUUUCAAAUUAUAUUUUCAAACAAGUUUAUAUAUAUAUAUAAGGAUAUAUAUAUAUAUAUUAGAACAGAAAAUGGGUGAUGAUGAAAAGUAUGACGGGAUGUUGCUUGUUAUGGCACAACAGCACGAAGGAGGUGUACAAGAGUUAGUAAACACGUUUUUCAGCUUCCUCCGGCGUAAAACAGACUUCUUCACGGGUGGCGAGGCAGGUGCACCAGAGAAGCUGGUGAAGGAGUCGUUUGCCCAACACAGCGGUCUUGCCCUGAAGGCCCACAGAGAGAAGGAGAAGAGACAGGAGAAGGAGAAGAGAGAGAAGGCAGAGAGGGCUGCUAAGCUAGCUGAAGAAGAGGAGAAAAAUAAGAUAGCAGACGGCGAGCCCAAAAUCAAAGAACUGACAGACGAAGAGGCAGAGAGACUUCAGUCUGAAAUCGACAAGCAAAAGAAACAAGAGGAGAAGAAAGAGGCCACAAACACAAAUGCAGAAAUUCCACCUGAGAAAGCUGAGAAGGAAGGGAGAGAGAAGGGAGAGAAGGAGACUGAUUCCGAUGGAGAAGAAGAUGAGAAAGACAAGGACAAGAUUAAACCUAAUGCAGGCAAUGGAGCUGACCUGGCCAACUAUCGUUGGACACAAUCCCUGUCUGAAGUGGACCUGGUGGUGCCUUUUGAUGUGAAGUUCCGUAUGAAGGGGAAGGAUGUGGUGGUGGACAUCCAGCGUGGUAUGCUGAAGGUGGGUCUGAAGGGCCAUCCUCCUGUGAUCGAUGGACAGCUCUACAACCACGUCAAGGUGGAGGAGAGCUCCUGGCUCAUUGAGGACGGCAAGGUGGUCACCAUUCACCUGGAGAAGAUCAACAAGAUGGAGUGGUGGAAUAAGAUGGUGACCACGGAUCCAGAACUCAAUACAAAGAAGAUCUGUCCAGAGAACUCUAAGCUGUCAGAUCUGGAUGGGGAGACCCGUGGUAUGGUGGAGAAGAUGAUGUACGAUCAGAGACAGAAGUCCAUGGGUCUACCCACCUCCGAAGAGCAGAAGAAACAAGACAUCCUCAAAAAGUUCAUGUCGCAGCACCCAGAGAUGGACUUCUCUAAAGCCAAGUUCAGCUAAGAGACGUCACUGUCGUUCCCCAGCCAGCCCUCCAUACCCCUCUGCACUCUUACUCUGCCCAGGAAAACGACGACUAUGAAUCCUCAUCCAAACCAACCUCCAGCGCCGAUCUUACAGUUUAAUUGAAUCUCUCUUCUCUUUCUCUCUCUUUCUUCAUCACCCUUUCUCUCUCUUUCUUCAUCACCCUUUCUCUCUCUUUUUGUCUUCCCAUUUCUGUAGUCCUAAAGUGAUGGGUUCUUGUUAGUCUCAUUCCUGUGACUGACAGAAACUUGACGACUGUAAUAACUCCCAUCUUUGUUGUGUUGCAUUUGUUACUGUGUUCUGGAUGUUUUAAAGAAAUGUUUGGAGUUUUUUCUUUUAAAAUAAAUUAAUUCAAACCACA